AUGAUAUUGGGUGCUUCUCCCGUCUCCUUGGACGCCACAUCGGCUGAUGCGGGCACCACAAGCGAUUGUACCGGUAGUCACGAUCGAUACGUGAAGAGCCUGGAUCAAGAAGACACCAUGAAUAGAAGCCCUUGUGGACAUCACGCAGACUUGGUAGAACCUCUCCGAAUCGUCUCCAGCGAUAAGGUAGCCAUGAAAUCGUUUGAUGUUGUGUCAUCCGAGCCUGACGUUGAGCUGAAGAGGAGGAAGGAUGAUGGUCCCGAACUCAGUAAAGCAUCUGAAGAUGAGGAUGAGUUGGUGUUGGAUGGUAGUGAUCUCAUGGAGCAGUCGAUUCGAGAAGUCCAUGUCCUUCAGAGUAGGAUCCGUUUGAUCCGACAACAAAGUCUCGACACUGGUAGCUGCGUAAAAGAGGACGAAUGUCAAACCAUUUCCUGGUUCCGCCACACUAACGCAGAACGUUCCUCACAGAGAAGGAGAAGCCUAUCGGUUGGCUGCUCCAUCGCCACAGCUUCACUCGAUGAGUUAUCAUGCCCCCCGUUGGAAAAAAUGACUCCUCAGACUGCCCCCGUCACCGAUCUACCCAUAUCCUCCCUGAUCCUUUCACCAUUACCAAGGAGACACCUCAGGAAUAGAAGCAAAUUGCUGGCUCGAUGCCAGUCACAACCUGCUCUACAAGUAGAUGCAUGCAAAGCUACUACGAGUCGAGCCAGGGUAGCUGCGGAUCCGAUACCAUCCAUGGCUUGUCUCUCCGUCUCCCCGGCACGAAGGAGACGACGAAGGAGCCGAUACGACCAGCUUUCUCGAUGUCAGUCGCAGCCCACACUGGUGGCCAAAACUCCCAGGAGCAUCCCAACCGCCACCAGAAGACAACCCCGGCGACUAGUACGAAACCGAACCGCUCCCACCCGCAUGGACAAUACUAAUAACGGAGGAGAACCCUGCUUCAAUUGGGUCACCUUUGCUGCCACCAAGCGGGGAAAAGUUCAGCAAACCCCCCGCGCAGUAGCAGCACCUCGCAGCAAGAGUGCCUCCGAAACGAAUCCAAGUAGCAGCCCUCGCUGCUUCCAGCCACAAGUAGUGGACUCUAUCAAAGAAGAAGAAAAGACUGCGAGCCGUGUAACAUGUACGGUCGUUGCACCCGAAAAGGACGAUUUGGAUGUCUUUGAUUGGAAGGAAUGGGCCAAGACCCAAUCCAGACGUAUUGGUGGGAGCCCCGAUGGGUCGACAGUGCGUCGACGAUACACCACUGCCCGACGCAGCAAGUCCAAGCGUAAUUCAGACCCCACUGCUGCUCUGUUGAUCCGACAGCGUCGCGUCAAGAGCGAGCGGCAUUUGACUUCUCGGAGAAGCAGCUGCUGA